ACUGUGUAAGCCGGAGGUGUCUGAGAGCAGAUAACUGAAACUGGUGUGUAGUUGAUACAGCUGUGUGUUUGGUGUGCAGUUUGGCCUAGCGUGUUGGUCAGUUAGGGGCAGGAUGGGGUGUCUCCAGCCAUACAUGUCCAAUAUCCUGUUCCUCCUGAGUGGACUCAUCCAAUGGGGUAAGAGCAUCUUCAAGUCACCACACACACACCUCCAGUCCUACCCAUGGGGGUACCUGUUGGUUGGCAAAAUGAAGAAGAAUACCACACACAUUUAAGAACAUUCUAAUGUUAGAUGUAAAAUUUGAUACAGUUUCCUGUAUUAAUUUGCUGGGUGAAAAAAUGAUCUGCAUAAAGGAACAAAAGGUUGUGCAGAUUCUUGGUUCUCUUUGACCUGUUAAUUAUCAGCAAAGUACAAAGUAUUGAGUUGCAUUUUAGUGUCAUUUCGUCAGAUGACGGGUGGACUGUUGAAAUGGCCACAGUUCUAUAUCAGUGUUUAUAAAAGCUCCUCUCUACGUAGUUGGGCUAUUGGUGAAAUGGAAUGAAAUAUCGUUGGCGAAACAGACAAUGUCUACUUGGAAUGAGUCACAUAAUGUUUUUAAUUUGAUCAAACAGGCGCUAUGAAAACAAUUAAACUAACACAAACCCUGACGCUGGAAAAUUAUUUCUGCCAGAUUGCAAUGUAACAGCAGGAGCCAGGCCCAGUUACAUAUUUUGAUUAGAAGCACAAUCAAACCUCGUCCACAGCAGGUUUUAGUCUAAGAGAUGGAGCUGUGUCUGUUCUCAAACCAUUACAAUUGUGACAUAACAGUUGCGAUAUGAAUGCAGUAUUCAUAGUUUUUUGAUGAGAGGCGGAGAGUGCAGACUGCAAUCAUUCUAAAAAAGAGAAGUCAUAUUUGAAGCUAGAUAUACAGUGAGGGGAAAAAAGUAUUUGAUCCCCUGCUGAUUUUGUACGUUUGCCUACUGACAAAGACAUGAGCAGUCUAUAAUUUUAAUGGUAGGUUUAUUUGAACAGUGUGAGACAGAAUAACAACAAAAAAAUCCAGAAAAACGCAUGUCAAAAAUGUUAUAAAUUGAUUUGCAUUUUAAUGAGGGAAAUAAGUAUUUGACCCCUCUGCAAAACAUGACUUAGGACUUGGUGGCAAAACCCUUGUUGGCAAUCACAGAGGUCAGACAUUUAUUGUAGUUGGCCACCAGGUUUGCACACAUCUCAGGAGGGAUUUUGUCCCACUCCUCUUUGCAGAUCUUCUCCAAGUCAAAUAAAAUAAAAUAAAAUAAAAUAAAAUCAAAUUUUAUUGGUCACAUGCGCCGAAUACAACAGGUGCAGACAUCACAGUGAAAUGCUUACUUACAGCCCUUAACAAACAGUGCAUUUAUUUUUAACAAAAAAAGUCAAAAUAAAACAACAACAAAAAAAGUGUUGAGAAAAAAAAGAGCAGAAGUAAAAUAAAAUAACAGUAGGGAGGCUAUAUAUACAGGGGGGUACCGUUGCAGAGUCAAUGUGCGGGGGCACCGGCUAGUUGAGGUAAUAUGUACAUGUAGGUAGAGUUAAAGUGACUAUGCAUAAAUAAUUAACAGAGUAGCAGCAGCGUAAAAAGGAUGGGGUGGGGGGGCAGUGCAAAUAGUCCGGGUAGCCAUGAUUAGCUGUUCAGGAGUCUUAUGGCUUGGGGGUAGAAGCUGUUGAGAAGUCUUUUGGACCUAGACUUGGCACUCCGGUACCGCUUGCCGUGCGGUAGCAGAGAGAACAGUCUAUGACAGGGUGGCUGGAGUCUUUGACAAUUUUGAGGGCCUUCCUCUGACACCGCCUGGUAUAGAGGUCCUGGAUGGCAGGAAGCUUGGCCCCAGUGAUGUACUGGGCCGUACGCACUACCCUCUGUAGUGCCUUGCGGUCGGAGGCCAAGCAGUUGCCAUACCAGGCGGUGAUGCAACCAGUCAGGAUGUUCUCGAUGGUGCAGCUGUAGAAUUUUUUGAGGAUCUGAGGACCCAUGCCAAAUCUUUUCAGUCUCCUGAGGGGGAAUAGGCUUUGUCGUGCCCUCUUCACGACUGUCUUGGUGUGUUUGGACCAUGAUAGUUCGUUGGUGAUUAAGGUUUCGAGGCUGACGUUUGGCAACUCGAACCUUCAGCUCCCUCCACAGAUUUUCUAUGGGAUUAAGGUCUGGAGACUGGCUAGGCCACUCCAGGACCUUAAUGUGCUUCUUCUUGAGCCACUCCUUUGUUGCCUUGGCCGUGUGUUUUGGGUCAUUGUCAUGCUGGAAUACCCAUCCACAACCCAUUUUCAAUGCCCUGGCUGAGGGAAGGAGGUUCUCACCCAAGAUUUGACUGUACAUGGCCCCGUCCAUCGUCCCUUUGAUGCGGUGAAGUUGUCCUGUCCCCAUAGCAAAAAAACACCCACAAAAAAUAAUGUUUCCACCUCCAUGUUUGACGGUGGGGAUGGUGUUCUUGGGGUCAUAGGCAGCAUUCCUCCUCCUCCAAACACGACGAGUUGAGUUGAUGCCAAAGAGCUGGUUUUGGUCUCAUCUGAACACAACACUUUCACCCAGUUCUCCUCCGAAUCAUUCAGAUGUUCAUUGGCAAACUUCUGACGGGCCUGUAUUUGUGCUUUCUUGAGCAGGGGGACCUUGCGGGCACUGCAGGAUUUCAGUCCUUCACGACGUAGUGUGUUACCAAUAGUUUUCUUGGUGAUCUUUGACAAGAUCCUCCCCUGUAGUUCUGGGCUGAUUCCUCAACGUUCUCAUGAUCAUUGCAACUCCACGAGGUGAGAUCUUGCAUGGAGCCCCAGGCCGAGGGAGAUUGACAGUUAUUUUGUGUUUCUUCCAUUUGCGAAUAAUCGCACCAACUGUUGUCACCUUCUCACCAAGCUGCUUGGCGAUAGUCUUGUAGCCCAUUCCAGCCUUGUGUAGGUCUACAAUCUUGUCCCUGACAUCCUUGGAGAGCUCUUUGGUCUUGGCCAUGGUGGACAGUUAGGAAUCUGAUUGAUUGAUUGCUUCUGUGGACAGGUGUCUUUUAUACAGGUAACAAACUGAGAUUAGGAGCACUCCCUUUAAGAGUGUGCUCCUAAUCUCAGCUCGUUACCUGUAUAAAAGACACCUGGGAGCCAGAAAUCUUUCUGAUUGAGAGGGGGUCAAAUACUUAUUUCCCUCAUUAAAAUGCAAAUCAAUUUAUAACAUUUUUGACAUGCGUUUUUCUGGAUUUGUUUGUUGUUAUUGUGUCUCUCACUGUUCAAAUAAACCAACCCUUAAUUAUAGACGGAUCAUUUCUUUGUCAGUGGGCAAACGUACAAAAUCAGCAGGGGAUCAAAUACUUUUUUCCCUCACUGUACUUGUCUUUAAGUUUGUCUGAGAAUAUAAUCUUCCUGUAUUUACUUAUGUUCUCCAUCUAGGCGGGGCCAGGGUGCUUGUAGAGGUGCAGUCUGGCCCUCUGUAUCGUGUGAUUGGCUACCCUAUCUCCAUCUCCUGCAACGUGAGUGGCUUCUCUAACCCGUUGGCCCAUCAGGACUUCAGAUUCUCCAUCUACAAGCCAAACAAACCCACCCUUGAGAUCCGGAUCAUCAGCACAGAUGACGAAAGUUAUGCCAUGGCGGUGUACGGUACCCGCGUCAGGGAAGGUGGCAUCUCUCUGGAGCGCCUUUCAGUGACCUCGGUCCUCUUCCACGUGAAGAGUCUGGAGGAGGGGGACGAGGGCGAGUACGAGUGCUACACCCCAAACUCAGAAGCCGUAUAUGACGGGACGUACAAUGCAAAGAUCACAUUGAAGGGUAAUGUUUUUUUUCUUACUUAUUCAUCUAAUUUUGCCUAAAUGACGAUGCCUUCUGUGGCUGCUGUAUCUUUAUCAUUAACAAGCCAUUAUUUGAACUAACUCUGGACUUAUUACAUAGUGAUUUGUCUACCAGAUAUACUGUAUCAGUCAACCAGAACCAUACUGUAGUGUUGAUGUCCGUCCCUCAAAUCCUGUUUCCAUAGUGAUCAAGGACACCCUUACCACCUCCUCCACUGGCCCCGUCUCCUUUAGCCUAUCAGAGGGUGACGACCUAACCCUGCAAUGUCUCGCCUCCAGCAACACCUUCCAGCACACCCACCUGUCCAUCACCUGGUAUCACCAUGGAGACGGGGAGGCCUCGCCCCGCCCCAUCAUCUCUCUGGACCGUGAUUUGACGGUGAGUCCGGGUCAGGGGUUUGAGGGUCGGUACCAGGCAGGGCUCAUUGUUCUGGACAAGCUGGAGGAGGCCACCUACAGGCUGAAGAUGGCCAGGAUUGAGCUGUCUGAUGCGGGAAGGAUCUACUGCCAGGCCCAGGAGUGGAUCCAAGACCCAGACCGGAGCUGGUACCCAAUCACCCAAAAAGACGCACAGGCAACCACAUUGGAGGUCAAAGCCAUAGGUGAGAAACACCUCAGUGUUUUUUUUGCUUCCCAUCCUUAGCCUUAGCCCAGAUUGUGUUUACACAUCCAUCAAUGACUUGGGUGUUUGUUCUUGGUUAAGAGGACUUAUGGCUUAAGAGGACUUAUGCCCAUUCACUCUUUUGUCUUACUUCCUAUAAGUAAAUGCUGAGAUGAGUUGAUUAUGAGUGAUGAGUUUCCCGUCUGUCUAAGAGAUAAUUGUGAGUGAUUUCCUGUCUCUCUCUCAGUGGUGGCUCCAGACCAGGGCUCUGGUUCUAUGGUGGUGAGUAUGACUGUGCACAAAACACAGCUCCAGGAGGGGGAGGAGCUAUCAUUGCAGUGCAUUGUGGACGCAAAGGGCCCGGUGGGUCGGUUCUUCUCAGUGGCCUGGGUCAAGGGCAACCAGGAGCUGGCCCAGAUUGGGCCCACGGGGGUCCUGUCUGUGGGGCCGGAGUACAGUGGGCGAGAGAGAGGGGGUGAGCUGAGAGCUGUGCGGACGGGGGAGAAGACACACCUGCUCACCCUGCGGCCCGUCAGAACCCAGGACCAGGGAGCGUACCACUGCAGGGCCUGGCCACAGGAGAGGGAUGGGAAUGGGGUCUUCACACAGGGAUCCAGCCAGGAGUCCACCACCGAGACUAUCACCAUCACAGCUACAGGUGAGUGAUCUGACACCGAGCAAAUCAGAUGCAAAGCUACAGGUGUGUAAGCAAGUAAGAAGCCAAUCCAAGUCAGAGCUACAUUUUUACAUUUACAUUUGAGUCAUUUAGCAGAUGCUCUGUGAUCAGAGACCUGGAGGGGGUUGCAGUAAAAUUAGUAAAACCCUCUAGGAAAGAUGAGGUCAAGCUUGUGGUCCUCUGUAGCUCAAUUGGUAGAGCAUGGCGCUUGUAACGCCAGGGCAGUGGGUUCGAUCCACGGGACCACCCAUACGUAAAAAUGUAUGCACACAUGACUGUAAGUCACUUUGGAUAAAAGCGUCUGCUAAAUGGCAUAUUAUUAUUUUCAUAAUUAUUUAUUGCCUGCCUUGUGAGUUCAAGUACAAAGAGCGCUGAGUCAUCAUCAGGAAAUGAGCUUAUCAAGGUGUCAAGCUCAUUGAGGAACUCUCCAAGGGCACCUGGUGGGCGAUAGCUGACAAUAAUGUUAAACUUGAGUGGACCAAGUGACAGUGACAGCAUGGAAUUCAAAUGAGGAGAUGGACAGGUGAGAGAGGGAGAAAAUAGAAAAUCUCAGCUUAGGAGAAAUGAGUAGACCCGUGCCACCACCGCGAAGACCAGACUCCCGGACUAUGAGAGAAAACAUAGUCAGAUGAAGAAAGAGCAGCUGGGUCAUCAAGAUGAGUCAUCAAGCACUGAGUCAGAGUCAGAACAAUACUGUAGGUAUUUCAUCAGCUUUCCAUAUGGCUGCUACAUCAAGCAACAACAGAUCCUCAAUAAGUUCAGUUUGUGCAUUGACCUUGCUCUGAACACAGUUAUUACAUAUGUACAAUACAAACACAAACACUCAUCACACACUCAGCACCUUCUUUUUGUCUGUUCUCAGAAAGUGAUUUGGCUGUUGCCAUGGAGAGCCAACAGGUGAGUGUUGACGAAGGGGACACGCUACAACUCACCUGUAGAGUGAGCGGGGUCAACGGUCAGCUCUCCAUCACCUGGCAACACAGAUCAGCCUCAAUGGCAACCGGCCCCUUCAGUGAUGUUAUCAGCCUGAGCCGGGUGGGUGUGCUAGAACCGGGGCCAGAGUUUGGGAAGCGGAAUCUUCGUACACUCCGUCCCACAGCAGACACAUUCACCCUGGAGCUGGGUGAGGUCACGCCCUCUGAUGCAGGAGCCUAUCAGUGCACCGUCUCUGAGUGGACCACGGAAGCCAAUGGCAACGCCAAGAAAACCCACAGCCAAACACAGGACUGCAGCGUAGAGGUCCAUCCCGUGGGUAAGAGCAUUUCUUGGGCCUCCCGAGUGGUGCAGCGGUCUAAGGUACUGCAUCGCAGUGCUAAAGGCAUCACUACAAACCCGGGUUCGAUCCCAGGUUGUGUUGCAGCCGGCCACGACCGGGAGACCCAUGAGGCGGCGCACAAUUGGCCCAGCGUCGUCCGGGUUAGGGGAAGGUUUGGCCGGUCGAGAUGUCCUUGUCUCAUCGUGCUCUAGCGAGUCCUUGUGGCGGGCCAGGUGCAUGCACGAUGACUUCAGUCGCCAGUUGUACAGUGUUUCCGCCGACACAUUGGUGCGGCUGGCUUCCGGGUUAAGCGAGCAGUGUGUCAAGAAGCAGUGCGGCUUGGCAGGGUCGUGUUUCAGAGGACGCAUCGCUCUCGACCUUCGCCUCUCUCGAGUCCGUAUGGGAGUUGCAGCGAUGGGACUAGACUGUAACUACCAAUUGGAUAUCACCAAAUUGAGGGAAAAAAAAGGGGGGUAAAAAAAAUGAGAGAGAGAGAGAGAGAGCGAUGGGACGUGAGGGUGCUGCAGCACCCCCUGAAAAAUCAUAAUAAAAAAGUAGUGCACUGGGCCUUUACGAAUCCUGUAUUAGUGGACCGAUAUAACCGUCUGUAGUGAGGGCAAAACUAAAUAUUGCAGCACCCCCACCCACAAACUACUUCAUGUGGCUAUGGGAAAGGGAGAGGGAGAGAUUCGAAGUGGAAGUCACCCUGGAGGACAAACAUAACAGAAAAUUGGAGACAGUUUUGGUAAAUAUCAACUGAGCAAGUAGCAUGAGGUAGGCUUUCAGCUCCCACAUUAUCUAUGUAGAGAUCAAUAACUUAAUGCUUGACCACUGAUCUCUCACGUCAGAUAGAUAGAUUAAAUAUUUUUGCAGAUGACCAUGUUCUCCUUAUCCUCACAGUCAUUGGUAGAGUUUGGCCCUAAGAGGCCUGAUAGUUGUCAUCAGUGAUAUCUCAUCAUUGUCCUUGGCUUGCAGAGUCUCUGCUGAAGGUGGACCUGAGUAGUCGUGGUGUCCAGGUGACAGAGGGGGGUGAGGUGGAGCUGGUGUGUCGGGUUCGAGGGCCCUCCCUCCCGGUUACUGUAACGUGGAGCCUGCAGCGUGAGGGGCCAUCUGCCCCGGACAACAUCCUGACCCUGUCGUACACUGGUGACAUCACGUGGCGUGGCGACCAGAGUAACUACCAGUUGAGGGCGACCACCGGGAAGAGGGAUGUUCGUUACUACCUCCGUAUCAUCAAAGCGAGCCACAGGGAGGCGGGGCGCUACCAGUGUGUGAUCUCAGCGUUUCUGCAAGGGAGACACAGGAAGCUGCGGAACUCCAACCCGCUGGGUGUGCUGGUCCAGACUCCAGGUAGGUCAGGUCAAAGGCUACAGGUCAACCUGGGGUUAGAGUUUGGGUCUCAGCCUCCAUCACAUUUUCUUUAUUUCUCUGUCUUUCUCUCUCUCCCUCUCCCAGAGAGUGUACUCACCUUGUCCUCUAGCUCCUCCCGUCUGGAUCAGAGUGUCAACACAGACAUACAGAUGGAAUGCUCCGUUGCCAAAGCAACCUCUAACUCAUCCCGCUUCGCUGUCAGCUGGUUGGCCCAGAAGAACGGGGAGGGGAAUAAGACAGUCCUCAGCUCAGACCGUGAUGCUGUGAUAACGCUAGGGGUGGGAUUAGACACACAACAGCGAAUCAGCAUGAGAAGACGUGAGGGGCGAAGCUUCGAGCUGACCAUUCGACAGGCCCGUAGCUGGGACAAUGGGACGUACUACUGCGUGGUGGAGGAGUGGCUACAGGAUCCUCACGGCCAAUGGUACAAGCUCCCGCCCUCUUCUGCAGCCAUGGAACUCCGCCUACAAGAGACAGGUGAGUUACUCAGAUUACUGCAAGUUAAGAUAUGGACCUGAACUGUAUUGAUUUGUACAGUUUGCUGAAUUGGGCUGUUUGUCAGAACUUUUUUACUGAAUGAUUGUUUACUCGCCCUUUCCCUGCUUUCUCUCUCCUUCUCCCUUUCUUUCUCUCUCUCCCUCUCCUUCUCCCUUUCUUUCUUUCUCUCCCUCUCCUUCUCCCUUUCUUUCUUUCUCUCCCUCUCCUUCUCCCUUUCUUUCUCUCUCUCCCUCUCCUUCUCCCUUUCUUUCUCUCUCUCCCUCUCCUUCUCCCUUUCUUUCUCUCUCUCCCUCUCCUUCUCCCUUUCUUUCUCUCUCUCCCUUUCCUUCUCCCUGCUUUCUCUUUCUCUCUCUCCUUCUCCCUUUCUUUAUCUCUCUCCCUCUCCUUCUCCAUUUAUUUCUCUCUCUCCCUCUCCUUCUCCCUGCUUUCUCUCUCCUUCCUUCCCUUUCUUUCUCUCUCUCCCUCUCCUCCCUUUCUUUCUCUCUCUCCCUCUCCUCCCUUUCUUUCUCUCUCUCCCUCUCCUUCUCCCUGCUUUCUCUCUCCUCCUCCAUUUCUUUCUCCCCCCGCCCCCCCCUUAUCUCUCUCUCCUCUCUCUCUCUCUCUCUCUCUCUCUCUCUCUCUCUCUCUCUCCUCUCCUCUCUCUCUCUCUCAGUGAGUGACCUCAGUGUUAACAAAACAGAUCUGGAGAUGGAGGUCAGACAGGGGGCGGGGGUGGAGCUGACUUGCACUUUGACCUCUGGUGCUUCUGACCCCGCCUCUCUCUACGCCCUCACCUGGUUCUACAUGAGGCGUGGCUCUUCCUCCUCUCCCAGGGUUCCCCUGGUGAUUCUGGGCCGUGAUGGUGUCCUGAUGUACCCUGAGAACCAGGACAACCAGGGGCUACAGGACCAGAAGGGGAGGCUGAUAUUCUCCAGACCCACUCAUGGUACCUUUCUGCUGGGUCUGCAGAGAGCUCUUCAGGGUGACAGUGGAGUCUACCAGUGCCAAGUGGACCAGUACAAGCUCAGUCAUGACGGCAACUGGGAACAGACCGCUUCAGACCAAUCAGGCACAGCUGACCUCACUGUAAAACCAAUAGGUAAGUAUGAUGAUUAUGGUCGAUGGUACAAGCUCCCGCCCUCUUCUGCAGCCAUGGAACUCCGCCUACUAGAGACAGGUGAGUUAUUCGGUCAUGGGCAGAAGGAUUACAGCUUUUGUCAAAUUGACAUCAAACUAGAUUUUCUUUUACAUUCUAGCUAACCCUAACCCUUUUCCUAACCCUAACCCAGUUCUCCUAAUCUGCUACGUUAAUUCUCCUAACCUGCUGUGUAUGUUCUCCUAACCUGCUACAAAAAGUCAAAUCUGACAAAAGCUUUUUCCCAUCUAGUCAACACCGAGUUAUCCUGAUAACAAGGCAAGGCAACGCUGCAUCGGCAGAAGGACAUGAAUCUGCAAUGUAUAUCACAUCUAUAGAGUAUCUUGUUGUGCUGAUUUGCAGUUUCUCUGACUUGAGUUGCUCUCUCUCUCUCUCUCUCUCAUCCUCCUCUUCUCCUCUCUCUCCUCUCUCUCUCCUCUCUCUCUCUCACCUCUCUCUCUCCUCUCUCCUCUCCUCUCAUCUCUCUCUCUCUCUCUCCCUCUCUCCUCUCCUCUCUCUCUCUCUCUCUCCUCUCUCUCUCUCUCCUCUCUCUCUCUCCUCUCUCUCUCUCAGUGAGUGACCUCAGUGUUACACAAGACAGAUCUGGAGAUGGAGGUCAGACAAGGGGAGGGGUGGAGCUUGACUUGCACUUUGACCUCUGGUGCUUCUGACCCCGUCUCUCUCUACGCCCUCACCUGGUUUCUACAUGAGGCGUGGCUCUUCCUCCUCUCCCAGGGUUCCCCUGGUGAUUCUGGGCCGUUGAUGGUGUCCUGAUGUACCCUGAGAACCAGGACAACCAGGGGCUACAGGACCAGAAGGGGAGGCUGAUAUUCUCCAGACCCACUCAUGGUACCUUUCUGCUGGGUCUGCAGAGAGCUCUUCAGGGUGACAGUGGAGUCUACCAGUGCCAAGUGGACCAGUACAAGCUCAAUCAUGACGGCAACUGGGAACAGACCGCUUCAGACCAAUCAGGCACAGCUGACCUCACUGUAAAACCAAUAGGUAAGUAUGAUGAUUAUGGUCGAUGGUACAAGCUCCCGCCCUCUUCUGCAGACAUGGAACUCCGCCACUAGCGACAGGUGAGGUUAUUGCGGUCAUGGGCAGAAGGAUUACAGCUUUUUGUCAAAUUGACAUCAAAUAGAUUUUCUUUUACAUUCUAGCUAACCCUAACCCUUGUCCUAACCCUAACCCAGUUUCCCUAACCUGCUACGGUAAUUCUCCUAACCUGCUGUGUAUGUUCUCCUAACCUGCUACAAAAGUCAAAUCUGACAAAAGCUUUUUCCCAUCUAGUCAAACCGAGUUUAUCCUGAUAACAAGGCAAGGCAACGCUGCAUCGGCCAGAAGGAACCAUGAAUCUGCAAAUGUAUAUCAACCUCUAUAGAGUAGUAUAUUGUUGGUGCCUGAUGUUGCAGUGUUAUCUGACUCGAGCUUGAGAUAUCUCUCAUACCUCAUCCUCGUAUAUCUCCUCUCUCGCUUCUAUCUAUGGAUGUGUGUCUGUAUGUCGUCUGUCUGUCUGUCUGUCCUGUCUGUCUGUCUGUCUGUCUGUCUGUCUGUUGUCUGUCCUGUCUGUCUGUCUGUCUGUCUGUCUGUCUGUCUGUCUGUCUGUCCUGUCUGUCUGUCUGUCUGUCUGUCUGUCGUCUGUCCUGUCUGUCUGUCUGUCUGUCUGUCUGUCUGUCUGUCCUGUUCUGUCUGUCUGUUCCGUCCGUCCGUCCGUCCCUCUUCUCUCCGUCUCUCCUCUCUCUCCUCUCUCCUCUCUCUCUCUCUCUCUCUCUCUCUCUCUCUCUCUCUCUCUCUCUCUCUCUCCUCUCUCCUCUCCUCCUCUCUCUCUCUCCCUCUCUCUCUCUCUCUCUCUCUCUCUCUCUCUCCUCUCCUCUCUCUCUCUCCUCUCAUCUCUCUCUCCUCUCGUUUGGAGUUGCAGCUGGGAGUGAGUCGUGAAGCAGGAGUGAGUGUGAGAGCGACUGGAAUUUUUUUCAUUCUAUUGGGUUUUUGGUGUGUAUAUAUUUAUAUUGAUUAGUUUAGUUGGUUUAAGGUUAUCUUGUCUAACUAUCACUAAGCACGUAUAGGGGUGGUGGGAUUGUUGAGGUUGUUUUUCGCGAGGGCACAACCAGCGGGUGAGGCUGGUUGCAAUGGCCACUCGCGGAAGUUUGGAGUUUGAAAAACUUAGUCGGCGACAUGGAGUUAAGAUUCCUGCUGCGGCCGGGUGUUCAGUGGAAGAAUGUAGCUUGGCAGUGGGUGCUAUUAUUGGGUAUGAUAGCAUCAAAUCAGCCUCAAGGAUGAAUAGCGCUGUAGUGAUAUUUUUAGAUUCCAUUGAAAAGGUGAAUAAGAUACUUGAGAGUGGUGUUGUGUUGCGGGAGACGCAGACGCCGGUAUUUCCGCUUAUGAAUCCGGCGAAGAAAGUUAUACUUUCUAACGUACCACCAUUUGUUAGAGAUGAAGUGUUGGAGCGAGAGUUAUCUCGUCAUGGUCAAAUUGUAUCAACAAUAAAGAAGGUUCUUUUUGGAUGCAAAUCUCCGUUGCUGAAACAUGUCGUGUCUCAUAGGAGACAAGUGCAUAUGAUUUUAAACAAGGACAUUGAUGAACUGAAUUUAGCAUUCAGUUUUAAGAUUGAUGGAUUUGAUUAUGUUUUCUACGCUUCUACUGAAUCAAUGAAAUGCUUUGGCUGUGGAAGAGAGGGGCAUUUGGCGCGUAAUUGUCCCGAGAAUGAGCGCGCAGAUUCUGGUAGCAGCUCUAGUGCUGGUGCACCUAAUGCACCACCGCGAAGGGAUGAACAUGCUAAGGGUGCGGGUGCUGGGGAUGGGAGGAGGUGGGCAGAUGUGGUAGGAAAAGUAGGAGAGGAAGGCAGUGUGGAUACGGGGGCAAUGGUGGUAGAUCAGAACAAAGAAGGAGGGGAAAAAGUCGGUGAGAUUGAGACUGCCGUUGCUGAGGUGGUGCUGGAAAAUGAAAUUGGAGGUCAGGAGGAGAUUUAAAUAAUGGAAAAGGAAGCCGCUGUUUUCAAAGUACCGAGGAGUAAGAGGAAGAAUGUAAGGGGUGGUGAAGGGUCUAAUUCCAAGAGGAAGGUAGAGAUUGAUAAAUCAGUUGAAGAUAAACCGGUUGUAGAGAUGGUGGAGUUUUCUUCUGGGGAGGAUAGCGAGAGUGAGUCAUCUGAUGCGUCACAACAAAAUAGUGAGAUAAAUGGGGUGGAAGGGAGGUAUGGGAUUGAGAAAGUACGUCAAUUUCUGAAGUUGACAAAAGGGAAGAAAUAUAUGCAGGAUUAUAAUGUAACAGAUUUUUUCCUGAAAGUGAAUUGUUUAUUGAAUCAGCAAAGUUUCUGAUGUCAAAAAUAACAGGGGGAGGUUUGACAAGCCCUGAAAUUGCUAGACUCAAGAAAGUGGUCACGAGAGUGAUAAGUGAUGCAAAUUCUAAAGAAAAUGAAAGAGUUCAGUCGCAGCCUUAACUCUGUAAAGAGAUGUGGUUUCUGUGUCUUCCUCUGUAUUUUUUUUUCAUCCAUGAGCAGUUUUAAGAUUUCUUCUUUAAACGUAAAUGGGGCAAGAGACGUUAAAAAAAGAGCCGUAGUGUAUGAAUUAAUUAGGGGAAAGGGAAGUGACAUAAAUUUUCUACAAGAAACGCAUAGUAAUUUGGAAAAUGAAGUUAUGUGGCAACAGGAGUGGGGGGGGGACAGUGGUGUGUAGUCAUAAAGACUCAAAAAGUGGGGGUGUGGCCAUCUUGUUCUCAAAAGGGUUUUUGCCUUUGUCAUAUGAGGUUGAAGAGGUAGUUGAGGGGAGGUUAUUAAAAGUUAGAGCAAGGUAUGAAAACAUCACUAUGUGUCUGAUAAAUGUAUAUGCCCCAGUGGUGGCAGUUGAGAGGGUAUGUUUUUUAGAGACAUUAUCAAAUACCAUUGGGAAAUGUAAUAAUGAAGAUUAUUUAUUUAUUGCUGGGGAUUUUAACUGUACAGUCAGUGAUUUAGAUAGAAAUCACAAAGAACCUCAUAUAGCCUCAAGGACUUUUUUAAAACGCCUCAUUGUAACACAUGAACUGUGUGAUAUUUGGCGGAGUCAACAUGGAGGCACGAGACAGUACACCUGGGCGCAUGUGAGAGAGAACACCAUCUCUAUGGCCAGGUUAGAUAGGUUUUAUUGUUUUGAGCAUCAAUCUCAGGUCUGUAAAUCAAGUGUGAUAACCCCAGUGGGAUUUUCUGAUCAUUGUUUAAUAACAGAGGUGGUGUUCAUUAACGAUGUAAAACCCAAAAGCGCAUAUUGGCAUUUUAAUAUAACUUUAUUGAGUGAUGCUCACUUCAGGAAAUGUUUUUUUUUUUUUUGGGAGAGGUGGAGGUCUCAAAAGGCCAGUUUUGUAUCCCUUCAACAGUGGUGGGAUAUAGGGAAAAUCCAGAUUCAACAAUUAUGUAAUCAAUACACAAGGAAUGUCACCAGGGAUAUCACCAAAUCAAUGAAAGCCCUAGAGACUGAAAUAGUGGAACUCAUGACGUUGGUUGAGACCACAGGAGAUCGAGGCCAUACUCAGGCCCUCAAGAGGAAAAAAGCUACAUUGGCAGACCUGCUGGGUAUCAGAGCACAGGGGGCAUUGGUGAGAAGUAAGUUUCAGGGAAUCUCUGAAAUGGAUGCCUCAUCCAAGUUUUUCUUUGGUUUAGAGAAAAAGAAUGGACAAAGAAAAAUUAUUCAUUGUCUCAAAUCAGCUGUUGGACAGGAGCUCACUAGCCCUAGUGAAAUUAGAAAGAGGGCAGUAGAGUUCUAUGCUGAGCUCUACAAGUGUGAGUACAAAGAGGAUAAAACAGUGACACAGCAGUUCCUUGAUGGGCUCCCACAGGUGGCUGCAGAAGCUCAGGUUGAGCUAGAGCAACCAUUGUCUUUGCAGGAGCUAUACACUGCAUUAAAAGGCAUGGAAAAUGGAAGGGCACCAGGCAUUGAUGGGCUUCCCGUUGACUUUUUUAAGUCUUUUUGGGCUAUGUUGGGAGAGGAUUGGCUAGCAGUAGUUAAUGAUAGUUUAACCGGAGGGUUACUACCAAUAAGCUGCAGAAGGGCUGUCCUCACCCUACUGCCCAAAAAGGGUGACCCUAGGGAGGUGAAGAACUGGAGGCCGGUGGCUCUAUUGUGCACUGAUUAUAAGAUCCUGUCAAAGGCUUUGUCCAACAGGCUGAGGGAGGUGAUGGGGCAAAUCAUACAUACGGACCAGUCCUACUGUGUUCCUGGCAGGCAGAUAGGGGAUAACAUUUCUCUGAUUCGUGAUUUUUUGGACGUCUCUAGGGCUAUUGGGUUGGAUGCUGGUCUAAUUUCAAUUGAUCAGGAAAAGGCAUUUGACCGAGUUGAACAUCAAUACUUAUGGCACACUUUUGAGGCAUUUGGGUUCAGCUCUGGUUUUAUUGCCAUGAUAAAGGUGAUAUAUGGUGACAUUGAAAGUGUAUUGAAAGUUAACGGUGGUUUGAGUGCUCCUUUUGAAGUGUGUAGAGGUAUUAGGCAGGGAUGCUCUUUGUCGGGAAUGUUAUAUGCCAUUGCUAUAGAGCCACUACUAAAUAGCAUUAGAAGUCACAUUGAAGGGGUGUACCUUUCAGAGGAUAUUCCUCCUAUUCGUCUCUCAGCCUAUGCUGAUGAUGUAGUUGUUUUAGUGAAAAAUCAAGCGGAGGUGGAUAGUUUGAGUCUAAUGGUUGACCGUUUUAGGGGAAUAUCCUCUGCAAAGGUAAAUUGGGAAAAAAGUUGUGCUUUACAGAUUGGAGAAUGGUCUGGAGGGAUCAUGGCUUUGCCAGGGGGGCUGGAAUGGUGUAAGGGAGGUUUUAAGUACCUUGGAGUGUACCUAGGAGAUGAGGGGACAAUGGAAAAAAAUUGGAUUGGGGUGGUUGAAAUGGUGGAAGGGAGGAUGAGGAGAUGGCGUUGGUUGUUAUCGCGUAUGUCAUAUAGGGGGCGCACUAUUAUAGUUAACAAUGUGAUUGCCUCUGCACUGUGGCAUCGGUUGUCAGUUUUAGAGCCACCAUCUGGCCUUCUGGCUAAGAUACAGGCAAUGAUUGUGGAUUUUUUUUGGGAUAAAUAUCACUGGGUUCCACAAAGUGUUUUGUAUUUGUCAAAAGAGGAGGGGGGACAAGGUCUUGUACAUCUUGCUAGUAGGGCUGCUGCUUUCCGGUUUCAGUUUAUUCAAAGGUUGCUUUAUGGACUGGAAAAUGUGGUUUGGAGAGGGGUGGCAGGUCUUGUAUUACAGCAGGUUGGGGGAUUAGGUUUAAAGAAAGCUUUAUUUUUGGUUGAUAGUAGCCAGAUUUCUAGGGAGGGAGUACCUCCGUUUUACAGAGGCCUUCUUAGGGUGUGGAGCAUUAUGAAGGUGUCCAGACGAACGUCAGCGGAGUCAGUGCAUUGGCUGUUGGAGGAACCUCUGGUGUACGGGGCAAGACUGGAUUGUACAACUGCAGCUGUUCCAUAUUUCUCCAAGAUUCUGGUGAAGGGCAAAAUCAUCACCUUAAAACAGUUAAUGGCCAUGGCUGGGACCGCCUUAAUGGAUGGAAGAAGGGUGGCUGAACAUUUGGGGGUGAGGUCGGAAAGGAUUGUCGGACAACUGCUGGGAAGCUGCAGGAAGGCUCUGUCAGCAGAAGAGUGGGGUAUGCUUAAUAGUCACAAGAAGAAUGUACAAGAUGAAAACGUCUCAUUUCCAAGACUAGGGAUUACACCCAAUAUCCCAGAGUCGGAAAGAAAGGCGCUAUUAAUGGAUUUGAGAGGGUUGGAAGAGGUGGGUUUGGAUGAGGUGAAUGGGAAAGACUUAUACAGGGGGUGUGUCAAGGUUUUGAAUAAAGAUAAAUUGAAAAAUAGAAAAGACACUCCAUGGAGGGUAAAAUUGGGCAUUGAUGACAAGGUAAAGCCAGCAUGGAGAGCACUGUACAAGCCACCGUUACAAAAGGGUACUGGGGAUAUGCAAUGGAGAGUUUUGCAUGGCAUCAUUGCAGUUAAUGCUUUUGUAUCUGUUAUUAACUCAGAUGUUGGAGAUGGAUGCCCUUUUUGUAAUAUAAGAGAAACAAUUUUUCAUUGUUUUAUGGAGUGUGAGAGGAUAAAACCUCUCUUGGAAAUGCUGGAGUCUUUGUUUAAAGCUGUAGGGGAGAUUUUCAAUAACACUGUUUUUAUUUUGGGGUUUCAAUAUAGUAACCAUCAGAAAAGAAAAUGUCAACUGUUAAAUUUUAUUUUGGGACAAGCUAAGAUGUCCAUUUUUCUGAGUAGGAAACAUAAGAUAGAAACGGGAUAUGGGCAGGAUGUAAGAUGUGUUUUUAAAGGAUUAGUGAAAGCAAGAAUAAAAGUGGAUUUUGAGUUCUUCUCAGCUGUAAAAGAUCUCCCAUUGUUUGAGGAGAAGUGGGCUUACGAAAGAGCGGUUUGUUUUGUGGAGGAGGGGAAACUAUUUUUUGUUGAUGAAAUGAGUUGAAUGUAUAUGUUCUUUUGUAUUUUUAUUUUAUUUUAUUUAGGAAUUACAUUUUUUUUUCAUUUUUGAAAAGGCAGUGUGCCAUUAUUUAUGUUAACAAUUGAGUAUAAAAUAAAGGUUUUAUAAAAACUCAAACUCUCUCUCUCUCUCUCUCUCUCUCUCUCUCUCUCUCUCUCUCUCAGUGAGUGACCUCAGUGUUAACAAGACAGAUCUGGAGAUGGAGGUCAGACAAGGGGAGGGGGUGGAGCUGACUUGCACUUUGACCUCUGGUGCUUCUGACCCCGUCUCUCUCUACGCCCUCACCUGGUUCUACAUGAGGCGUGGCUCUUUCUCCUCUCCCAGGGUUCCCCUGGUGAUUCUGGGCCGUGAUGGUGUCCUGAUGUACCCUGAGAACCAGGACAACCAGGGGCUACAGGACCAGAAGGGGAGGCUGAUAUUCUCCAGACCCACUCAUGGUACCUUUCUGCUGGGUCUGCAGAGAGCUCUUCAGGGUGACAGUGGAGUCUACCAGUGCCAAGUGGACCAGUACAAGCUCAAUCAUGACGGCAACUGGGAAUUUAGUGCCACCGAGCAAUCAGGAACAACCAACCUCACUGUACGACUACCAAUAGGUAUGAUGUCAUCAUUUAUGAGUCCAUGAUGUCAGACUGUACAAAUACAACUGAAUCAAAACGUGUUCUAUUUCACCUUCUUCUGUUCUCUCCUUCCCCAGAAGAUGAGUCUGAGUUGCUGUCUGAUCUAGGAUGCGCCCCUGGAUCAGUUCUAGGCAUCUUCCUCCCUCUUGUCUGUAUCCUGGCGAUUCUCGUCAUGGUGCUGUCAAUCAAGCUGAUGCGGCGGGGCUUAGCGGGAAACAAGAAACAGGCAGACUCUCUGUGGGCGGAGGAACACCCACUGAAGCCACGCCCAGAAGACUGAGCACAGAGGAGAGGAGAGAAGGGAAACAGAGAGAGGAUGAGUAGAUAGGAGGAAGAGUACAUAAGUGAGGAGAAGACAUGAAGGGAGAAAAGGAGAGGAUGUGGGAUGGAGAGGGAUGAUAAGAGUGGGAAGGGGGGAUAAGUGAGAGAACAGGAAAGGAGAUAGAGGGAGAGGGCAGAAUGAGCGCUUUUUAAAAUGUUAAUGUGAUUGAUUUUUGGUUCCAAGCAUGCUUUUUACUUGUUUAAACAAUAAUACAUUGUAGAAUAAUAGUGAAGACA